AUGACCAGCUUUAGUCGAGCUUUGAGCCUUGCCGCUCUGUGGCUGAUUUCGGACUCUUUUUCACCAGUCGUUCAGGCCCAGAACAUAUCCUGGCAAGCACUGCCCUUCAGUCCUCCAAAUUUUCCUCUGGCCGUCAAGUCUCCAUAUACAUCGGGAUGGAUCGGUGGAUAUGAUAAAGAACUGGCAAAGCAAUGGCCCGAAUUUGGAACUGGUGGGGCACGCAAAAUAACUCUGGGCUGGAUAUGUAAUGUCAGAGUCGACAAUACGACCUACAAGGCUAUGGGUGGGCGAAGUGCUGAUAAUGAUACCGUCCAGACACAAGCACAGUUUACACCCACGCGGACGAUCAUCAAUUCGCGUGCUGGUCCAGUUGAUCUCGUUAUCACGUUUUUGAGCGCUCUUGAUACGAAUGAUUUGGUCCGUUUAUCGCUUCCCUUCUCAUAUUUAUCCGUCUCUACUGUCUCCAAUGAUGGGGGGAGCCAUGCUGUAUCGGCUUUGAUCCUAUAUGCAUAUCAGGUUUAUGCUGAUAUUAGUGGGGAGUGGAUUACUUCUGACACUGGCGAUCCGGCAGUAUGGUCGACUGAUGCCAACGGGAGCAUUCUCAUUCACCAAAUGUCACUUCGAAACCCUCGUCCAUAUUUGGAGGCUCGGCAACGCGCUCAGUGGGGAACUGUGUACCUGGCUACUAACCGCACCAGCGGUACCACUUGGCAAACUGGCGCAGAAACUCCCAUUCGGGACACCUUCCUCAGGUCUGGUACCUUGCGUAAUACUAUAGAUACCGAUUUUCGUCCAGUCAAUGAUACGUGGCCCAUUAUGGCGAUCGCUCAAGACUUGGGUGAGGUUGCCACGCAGGCACAAGUAGUAACAUUCACGGUUGGACAUUCGAGAGACCCUGCAGUGAAGUACUUUUCAGAAGCUGGUGAGCAAGCACGAAGCCUGUACUUUCGAUCCCAGUUCAGUUCCGAGGUAGAAGCUGUUCGUUAUGCGGUCUCCGAAUACGACAAUGCACGCACUGCAUCUGUCGAGUUCGACAACAGGGUCCAGGACGAUGCAGCCAGAUACUCUCCCGACUACGCCUCUGUUGUUGCCUUGGCCACCCGACAGGCUUUUGCCAGCAUCGAGAUCACGCUCAACGGGACUGGCCCUGCUGCUGACCUACAGGACAUCAAGCUGUUCACAAAGGAUGCCGCAGUAGACAACACAGGUUCAAGCAGGGAUGGAGUGCUCUCGUCUGUAGACUCGCUGUACUCGAUCAUGCCAAUGCUGAUAUACACGAACCCGAACCUGGGUAACUAUGCGCUUGCCUCGUUCUUUGAGUACCCGCAGACUCGUGCGGAGUCAUAUGCACUCCACGACCUCGGUUUGCGCUACUCGCGAGUGUUGGCGCAUGAAAGGCAAUACCGGAACCCGGUAGAUACAACGGCAAACAUGAUCAUCAUGACGUACGCCUUCAUGAGGUACACUGGUGACGCAAAGCUCGCAGCAAAGCAUUACUACACACUCAAGGCAUGGGCUGACUAUCUGGUCAGCAACGCGUUGGUACACUCGGAUCAGCUGACCGGGGACUGGUUCAUGACGACGGGUGUUUCGAACCAGACGAACCUUGCGCUCAAGGGACUGAUUGCGCUGAAGAGCAUGGUGGAGAUACAGGAUGCAGUGGGAAUGAGCAAUGAAUCGUCGACGUAUGAGGAUGCGGCAAAGUCUGGACUGGAACAAUGGAUGGAGCUGAGCAAGUUGGGGACGAAGUUCAGAUACGAGUCGAGCAGCGAGCAGCCGCAGCUGCUGCAUGGGCUGUAUGCGGACAAGAUACUUGGGCUGAACUUUGUACCCGAGAGUGUUUAUGCUGCUCAGAGAACACAAUGGGCUACGGGCACAAAAUCCUUUGGGGUGCCUUUCAACGAGCAGUACUCUAUUACUAGCAUUCCUUGGCAGUAUUUCACUCUGGCUGCCAUGAUCACUGGAGAUACAAGUCUCCUUAAUAGCGCUCCGUUCGCACCAAUCAAGAACUUCACUUCGAAGGCACAGGAUAAUAUCUAUGGUCUGGCCGAUGUAUACGACUCCAUCACAGGAAUUGCCAGUCCGGGUUACGGGCUGAGAGGCAAUGUUGGAGGCUCCUAUGCGCUUCUAGCCCUUGGGACGCCAAACAAGACAAUUACGCAAGUGCCAGCCUCCCCGUCUCCACCGCCCCCUACUGCAACGCCGUCCAGUAGUGCCAAUUCAUCGAAGGCAUCCUUAAAUAGAUGGGGCGCGGCUGACAUAUACCUACCCCUCAUGUUGAUUUUACUGCCAUGCAUGUUCAGUCUCUUACUUUUUUGA